AUGUGUAACGAAAUUCAAGAGAAACAAUCUGAAGUCAUCGAUCUCACCGAGAAUGAUGAAGACGAAAACGUGGAUAGUGCUAAAAGCACUCGUGAGGACUUGUCAACAUAUUGCUGUUCAUUUAGAAUAGUAGUACGGAACGAAGCUUCGUUGGACACAACGAUAACUAGUGAAAGAACUAGUCAACUACCUGCUUCACAGCCGGACGAACACCGUACCAAACCAUCAUUAGACAAACAGAGGAUUAUCAAGAAAAAGAGCAAAUCAUGGAGAAACAGAUAUAUUGUCGUUGAUUCUCUCGAAGGUUUGAAAAAGUUACCGAAUAAUUCCGUCCAGUGUAUCGUCACGUCUCCGCCAUAUAACAAACUUGGUCUUCGAGAAGGUCGCCCGUACCUUGGACAAAUUAUCUACGAUACGUACGAUGACAACAUGAACGAGGAAGAAUAUCAACAAUGGCAAUUGAAAAUACUCAAUGAAAUUAAUCGUGUUCUCAAACCAAAUGGUUCGGCAUUUUACAAUCACAAAGAUCGACGUUACUGCGGACAGGAUUAUAGACCUGAAGAUUUCGUCUCCAAAAGUGAUUUGAAGAUGUAUCAAACAAUAAUAUGGGAUCGCGGUUCAACAGUGAAUCAAAAUACGGCUUAUUUUCGCCCAAACGUCGAAAAAAUCUUCUGGUUGACUAAAGCUUCAUCGGGCACGCCAAAAUUCUACCGUAAUCGUUUACCAGAAUGUUUCAAAAGCUCAGUCUGGCGAAUACCACCUGAAAAAAAGAAUAAACAUCCUGCACCAUUUCCAUUAAUUUUAUCGGAAAUUUGUAUUUUGGCCACAACAGAUGAAGGCGAUUUAGUUUUGGAUCCGUUUGCAGGCUCUGGUACAACUCUGUUAGCAGCUGCAAAUCUGAAACGAUCGUAUCUUGGGUUUGACCUAAGUCACAAUUACAAAAAGAUGUUCCGUCAACGAAUAGCUGCGUCGAAGAAGAUACAUCUGUGGGAACAAAUGUACACAGUGGAAAAAAUCGUUGAUCACCGGAUUCGAAACGGACGCGUGGAAUAUCUUCUGAAAUGGAAAGGAUACAGCGAAAAAGAAAACACGUGGGAACUUGAAGAAAACCUGCAUUGUCCAGGUCUACUUCAACAAUUCAAAGCAUCAUUAUCAAAUCGGAAGAAAGCAAAGAUUAAGUCGUCGAACAAGAAACCAGUUAAAUUGAUUCAUUCCAAUUCGUCAUGUGAUCGCAAGCGAAGUAUAUCGUCCAUCAGUUCAUCGAGCUCCGACCAAAGCGAUGAAAGUGAAACGAAACGACAAUGUCGCGGGAAAGCAUCAGCCGUCAACAAAACUUCAGUUUCUUCUGAAUCAUCCGACGAUAAUGACUAUGAAAAUGUUAUCCUUAGUAGCCAUCGAUUACGACGAAGAGGCUGA